AUGUGUGAGGCUGGCGGUUGCGGAGCCCCGACGGCGGGACGCUCCGGCCCGCGCCCGGGCAGGCCCUGGGCGGCCGCGGACGAGCCGGGCUACGAGUACGGCUCCCGGAGGUACCUGCUGCUGUGCGGCCUGGGCGGCAUGCUGAGCUGCGGGCUGACGCACACGGCCAUCGUGCCCCUGGACCUGGUCAAGUGCCGCAUGCAGGUGGACCCCGGCAAGUACUCGGGCAUCCUCAGCGGCUUCGGCGUGACGCUGCGGGACGACGGGCUGCGCGGCCUGGCCCGCGGCUGGGCCCCGACCUUCCUGGGCUACUCACUGCAGGGCCUCUUCAAGUUCGGCCUGUACGAGGUCUUCAAGAUCCACUACGCGGAGCGCCUGGGCCCCGAGAGGGCCUACGCCUGGAGGACCGGCCUGUACCUGGCCGCCUCGGCCAGCGCCGAGUUCUUCGCCGACGUGGCGCUGGCCCCCAUGGAGGCGGUGAAGGUGCGCAUCCAGACGCAGCCCGGCUUCGCCCGCACGCUGCGGGCCGCCGCCCCGCGCAUGUACGGCGAGGAGGGCCUGCGGGCCUUCUACAAGGGCGUGGCGCCGCUCUGGCUGCGGCAGAUCCCCUACACCAUGAUGAAGUUCGCCUGCUUCGAGCGCACGGUGGAGGCGCUGUACACCUACGUGGUGCCCAAGCCCCAGAGCCAGUGCUCCAAGGCCGAGCAGCUGGCCGUGACCUUCGUGGCCGGCUACAUCGCCGGCGUCUUCUGUGCCGUCGUGUCCCACCCGGCCGAUUCCGUCGUGUCCGUUUUGAACAAGGAGAAAGGCAGCACGGCCUUCGGGGUUCUCCGCAGACUGGGGUUCUGGGGCGUGUGGAAGGGCCUGUUCGCCCGGAUCAUCAUGAUCGGCACCCUGACUGCGCUGCAGUGGUUCAUCUACGACUCGGUCAAGGUCUAUUUCAAGCUGCCUCGCCCUCCGGUCCCGCAACCGCCCGAAUCCCUGAAGGAGCAGAAGUAG